GUAUAAUUUAAAUUCUUUUACAUUUUAUUGCUUCAAUUUAAGUUGAAAAUAUGUGUGUGAACGAAGAGAGAUAUAAUAAAUUUAUAAGAUUUUUGAAAUUGUACUUUUUCAUUAAAUUAAACGUCAUAUUGGAAUAAACUUAUUAUUAUUUAUUUAGUUACAGUAUUGGAUUAGAAACUAUAAAUUGCAGUAAAAUAAGAUUUAUUAAUUAACACGCAAAAAUUAAAAAUAAUUCUAUGAAAUACUAUAAAAUUUCUGUUUUGCUGUAAGUUUUUGUGUUGUACUAUUUUGCUGGGCUAUUUGGAGAAAAAAAUUUAUAUUAAAGAAAUUAUAAAAAAUUUCUUACUUAGAAAUUGGCAUUGUAAUAUAUAUUAUGUAUAUACAUAUACAUAUUAUGUAUAAUUUUAUUGUUGCUUUACUGCUGCGUUUAUUCACGACAUUAGAUUUAUUCUUUUUACUUUUUGAACAUCUUAUCUUUUUUUCUUUUUCUCUUCAACAGGAAAAGAAAAGGGAAAAAGGUAAACUGUGCAAGAAGUUCAUCUAAGAAGCUUUCUAGAGCUCAAGAAUCAAGUCAACACGAAAAUUAUUUUGUCUUUAUUUGAUAUUCAGUGAGAGACAGAUAAAAGUCUCCUGUGUCAAAUUGUGUCACUUAUACUGGAAAGUUUCUAAGGAGAAGCUUUUCAGAAAAAGACAAAUUGACAUAGAAAUUCUUCGUUUGACAUUCAAUGAGAGACAAAAAGACAAAAUUCUUCUGUGUGGAUUUGUGUUAUUUUCAAAGAACAAGUUGUUUAGCAAGUGACAUGAAUCGACAUAGAAGUCAUUUUUGCCUCAGUUUCCGAGUAUGAAACAAAGACUGAGUGAUAUUAAAUGUUGAUUUAUGUCACUUGCUGAAAAGCUCCCAUGUUCUUAACAAUAAUAGUAAAUUACAAUAAUACUAAGCUCUUAUAUUCUUCGUGGAAAUAAGUAACACAAUUUCACACAGAAGACAUUCUUUGUCUCUCACUGAACAUCAAACGAAGACUGAACGAUUUUCUAGUUGAAAGCUCCCCAUGUUUAACAGUUUAUUCGUCUGGUAUUCAUUCGUCGCCAUGUUUGCUCACUUGCUCGUAGCAUUAGCAGAGUUGAGCAGCGUUUGAAAUAGAGAUUCAGGUUUUUUCCGAGGCGAGGCGCUCGUGGUCUUGAUCACGCGGUUCUCGAUAGGGCGUCGGGCGACCGGGUAUCAGCUGAUUGCAUGUAGUUUCGUUUAAGCGGUCGCGUCGGACGGUUCCUUUCGCUUUAAAUUUUCUAUUCUCGAUUAGCAAUGAGUGUCUCGAAAGUGCCAAGCAACGAUUAUUGCGAUUACCGUUCUCCUCUGUCGACCCGGUAUGCCUCGAAGGAGAUGCGCUACAAUUUCAGCGACCAGAAUAAGUUCAGCACAUGGCGCAAGCUCUGGAUUUACCUGGCCAAGGCCGAAAUGUACGAAGAUCGUGGUACGGUCGACGACAAAGGUGACGUACAGAUCACUCGAAGGUAUCUGCAGCCCAAGAAGACCUCGUCCACGACUACUACCACCACCUCCAAUACCUCCAUCACCAUGCCAGAAUCGCCGAUCGCACCAAACGAUUCUAAGGAUGACCGGAAGCAAAUCCCACCGAUUUGCCCGCCGAAUGGUGGCAAAUCCUCCGAUAACGGUCAGGUCAACGAUCCAUCACCACCGGUCGUCAAAUCCUCCAGUCGUAGCCGCAACGCCACUCGUUAUUCCACCAUGCUGGCCAUGUCGGCCAUGGACGAGGUUCUGUUCGUGGAUGGUAGCGAGUUCACGAAACCACCACCACCACUGCUUCCGCAGGUGGUGCUCACAGACAUUAACGACAACGUGCAGCCGCUGCACGACGGGCAUUGCCACUUCCGGGACAAGAUGCAGCCGAAGAAAGAAGGCGCGGACGUUUUUCCCAACUUCGACAUGUGGAACUCCAAUCUGAUGCCCGCGCUACCUCAGUCGCCCCCUAAGGAUUCCGACAGCCGACGAGUGACGAGGUACGAGCCGCUGGAUAAACUGCCGAAGAAAUCGCUGCGCGAACGCUGGGAGACGGGAGCCGAGUGUCGACCGUCGCGGCUAUCCACGUUUGUCAAUGGAUACGCUAGCGGCAACAAUGUCGCGAGUCUUCAUCCUGCAAAUUGUAGUUUCUCCGCCAGAAAGACCGUCAAUCAGAGUCGACCGAUCGCCGCCGUCCGCUGUGAACAGAAUUAUCCGGCGUGUUACGUGCUGGUGCAAUCGUCGCCAGCCUGUCUUUACCCCGCGAAGGACAUCACCUGUCCGUCGAAGCCGUUGUCGCUCGCCGCUCAUCACGACUAUCGAUUGUACGGGCAAUGCAACGAGCAGAUCGAGAUCCGCGAACCCUACUCGUCAUCAUGUUCCGUUCAGAUCGAUGGUGAGAAACUUUACAGCGACUACGAGAUUUGGCGCGGCGGCGGUCCUGGAGUUUUGACGAAAGUGAUGGAAAACGGCAAUGGGAUGCCGCGUCCACCGGCCGAUCCGUUCGCCAUCACCACGUCACCGUCGUCAUCGUACUACGUUCAGAAUUACGCGCCGAAUCUCGUAUUGAAUUUCACGCCGAUCCGCACGUCCGCCUCGGCACCUGGUUUUGUUUUGUCCGACCUGGUGAACGACUACGACGACAAGCGCCCCAGACCGAUCUUGAAACAGGAAACCGUCCGCGUUUAGUGGACGCUUAUUCCUUCCUCUCCUAUCUCUUGCUCCCCCCUCUCUCUUUUGAUAUUUUAUAUCAGAUUAGAGGCGAUUUUUACGUUUAUUUUUCGCUCUAAUGGGACGAUCAUUAAGACUAUUAUUUUAACUAUUGACGUUGUUGCCAAAGAUUUGCAUGUAAGUGGCACAAAGAUUUUUUUUUAAGUGAUAAAGCGUGGCUAAUGCGAUUUCUUUGAUUUACAGUUUAAUGUAAUUUGCGUUUUUUUUUUAAGUAUUUUAUCAGUAAAUGCCAUGUUACUGUUUUUUAAAAAAAACUGCGUAUGUAAUCGUUGGCAUGUAUUUUUUAACUGUCUAUAGUUAAUAGCGGCUCGCUUGCAGGAUACAUUGGCGGGACCGCGAAUUUAUAUUGAAUUAAGUCUCGCGCCGACAUUAUUUACUAUUAUAUUUGUUUUAAAGGCCAAGUGAAUCACGCACCCGUAUAUUUUCUAAUCGUACAGCUUUUAACGGGUUUUAGAUUUUUUAUCGUUAUAUUUUUUGUUAUCGUCGCCCGAUCGGAAACUUCAGAGAUUUGCGACGGAAAUUAAGCGCCGACCUCUUCUUCAGAAAUCACGCUAUAUUUCAAGAAUUUUACAAGACUGAAGACUCGACAAGUCAAAUGUAAAAUCGACAAUAAGUUAGAUUAAGCUAGAUUAUUAUUACAAGCAGAUUACGUGACGCAUAUCACACUUUUGGCGGCAUUAAAAUUUUUUUUUUUUUUUUAUUUUGGAAUGUCGCAAAGAAAUAAUCAUGUUCCUUCGAUAGUUUUAUCUUAUACUAAGUUACAACUAUAAUAUAAUUAACAAUCCGUGAUUGGCGCUACUCUCUUUUUUUUUUUAAUCAUGUCCGCGCGAAGACGAGUAUAAGAGACUGUGUGUUGUUCCUUUAAUCGCUGUUCCUAAUGACUAUUAUUGUAAGGAAUAUAGAUUUUUAACGAGGCAAUCUACGAUUGACGUUUCCGUUUUGUUUUUUACGCUGAUACGCGCACUAUCGACGCGAGGGAUCUGUUGCAAUUGUAAGCGCAACUGUUUACGUGGGAGACGGAGAAGUGUGUCCCUGUGAUCGACCGCAUUUCGGGCAAGUGUCCGAUUUUCGUUUAAUAUUCUGCGAAUAGAAAUCAUUUUUCAUUACUUAAUUCUAACAAUUUAUGGAUCGUUAUUUUAUUACUUACAGUUCUGACUUGAUCACGAAGAAGUAAUUGACAAUCGGUACACCGUACUUUUUUUAUAUCCGUGCCUAUGAGCCUCGUUAUCUGAAAUCAGUAUUUUUUGUUAACAAAUUAAUUAAAUAAAAGUGUGUUUUUAUUAGAUAAAAA